GGAGGCCGGCAGGGAACCGCUCCCCAAGCCACUGACCGCACAACCGCCCUCCCCACCCUCUCCUCCGAGACACCGCCCGGGCCCCGCCUUCCCGGAAUCUGAGGUGUGUGACAGGCUCUCUUGAAGAGGCCACGUACCCUCUUGUAGACUACUAGCCCUGCUCGCCCGCUCAGGACGAUGAACGAACUGAAGACACCCUCUCUCCUCAGGAAGGGACAAGACGGACAGCACUGAACCAGCCCGAGAAAUUUGAGACCUUGGCGACAAGUAGAUUCCCACCUUCUCAUCCCAGCUCCCUCCCGCCCAGGAUGGGGGCGCUGAGCUCCCAGGGAAAGUGCAGAAGUUGGCCAGCCUGCUAUUUCUGGACCGGGUGGAGGAACCGCAGAAAGGUCCCACCUCCUCUCAGCCCCCGCCCGGUUCCCUCGGGGACUGCGGUCACAUUACACAGCCCGGAGCUUCAAUAAUGCAUGGGCUUACCUGCUCGCCAAGUCCCUGAGGCCCAAGGGCUUCUCUGGGCGUGUUCGGGUCUCAGGAAGCCUGGUGUGCGGGAGCCUACGUUGGGCGAUGCGAGGAUUUUGGUUUUGCUUUUUCUUUUCUUUUUUUUUUUUUUAAUGAAACGUGGAAAGUCAGACAAGAUCCGAAAAAGGGGGAGGGGGGGAAGAAGAAGAAGAAAAAAAAAGAAAGAAAAGAGCUUGACACCCGAUUGGAAACGCCCCCUGACUUGUGCAAUCUUCCUGCCCUGUAGUUCCGCCAAAAACAAAACAGUCCAAACGCUAGCCAGGGGCAGGCGCGCGCUGGAGUUUUCCGUUUGCAGGAAUGACUCGAAAGAAAAGGGGCACCACUCGCCGAGGUCGCCUGAUCGGCUGAGGGAACCCGCGGCUCCUCCUUGGCCCUGGGCGGGAGAAAUCCCGCGCCCGGCGCUGCCGGCUCCCCUCCUCCGGGGAAGGGCGACUCCACAACUUUGUGCGCGAGAGCAGCUCGCGGAUCCGACUCCUCCUCCCGGUCCUCCCCCGCCGCCGCCGGCCCCUUUGUUGGAGAGCGAGGGUGGGGCGCUGCUUGGUCAGCCCGCCACCCCGGGAAGGGGGCUCGCGUCUCCGGCAGGGUUAGCCCAGCCCAGGAGCCGUGAAUCCCGCAGGUCGGAGCCGCCUCCCGCUCCCGCCGCCUUGGCGCUCGUGCGCCCUCGGCACCCCGGCCCUAGCAACUUUGUUCCGGGAGAGAUCAGUCCCUCUCGGCUCCCGGAUCGGCCCUGCCCCUGCCUAGGAAGCCACCGCCGGCCGGGCUCUCAGAACGUGGCGCCUCGGGUCACCUGACCGCGCGCCCGGUCAAUCAGCGUUAGCCCUAAGCGCCCUCCCAGCCCGCAGUAGCUGGCCCGGUGAGGUGCGCGGUGCGGGAAUCCGGAACCAGUCGUGCGUGCUAAGAGCCAGAAGCUGGAAUAGGCAUUUGGGCGCACGCACCGUGCCCCUUAUUCAAAUUGUGCAAAAAUGUGUGUCACGCCCCCCUAGGCACACUCUGUUAAGGUGUCUUUUCUUUCUUUCUUCUUUUCUUUCUUUUUAGGUAAAUCUGGACCUGCUUGCCAAUUCAUCCCAUCUCAGUUUACUGACGUUGUUGAGCCUGGGGUUCUAAAUUCAAGGAUAUAUUUAUUUUAUGCAAUUGUCUUAGCCUUGUUUAAAUGCUGUGAAAAUAACUCCAGAAAAGAUAAUGGAGGGAUUGGGAAUGUAGCUCAGUUGAUAGAAUGGUUGCUGGGCGUUCGGGAAGCCCCAGGUUUGAUCCACAGCACCACACACUGACCAUUGCUGACACUCACCAUCCCACCUCCUUGGAGGCAGAAGCAGGAGGAUCAGAAGUUCAAGGCCAGCUUCAACAAUAUGGCAAAUUUGAGCCAUCGGCUUCAGUGAUGACAGAAGAUACCUGGGAGAGUCCAUAUGGUAGAAGAGGCAUGGUCCCAGGGCACAGGAGCAGGAGGCUGGUGUGAGUCAAGAACAAUGAACGCAAGUGCUCAAGAUAAUAUGACAAGCAGUGAAGAAGAGAUGCUAAAGCAAACGUCCUCACUUACACGAGGAGGAGCCUAUCUGGAUCCAGAACUGUUCGAAGAUUGCAGAAAACAUUUAGGAAACGAGACUGCUCCACAAGUAAAGGCGAAAUUUGGAGAUCAGCACACAGGCAGCUGUGAAGAUGGUAUUUGCACUGCCACAAACUCCUGGAACUUCCAAAAGCUGGAGAGACAUGCAGCCAGAUACUUCUCCAGCACCUUCAGGGACCAUGGCAAGCAUCUGCACCUUGUUCCAGAUUUUCAGAACUGGGAGAUGAGGCCUUUCCAUCACAAAGCCACGUUGAAGUUCAUCACAGCACAGCAAUUGCAAUCUAAUGCUGGGGGUUUGGGUAGGGGGUGGAGAGUUCUGGAUUUUUGAUGCUGUGUUACACAAAGGUAAUUGAAGUUUUGUUUUUACUUCAGGAUACAAUGAUAAAACCAU